AUGGCGGUUGUUGAAGAACUUCAGAGACGAUUGCCUUUGGCCAUCGGCCGAGGGGAAGGAGAAGAGGAAGAGUUUGAAGUUGGAACAACUGGUGUUGAAGAAGAAUUUCCAUUUGAGUUCCGAGCUUUAGAAGUAGCGUUAGAAGGAGUCUGUAGCUCUCUCGAUGCUCAAACUAGAGAGUUGGAAGUUGAUGCUUACCCGGCUUUAGAUGACCUCACUGCAAAGACCAGCAGUCGAAACUUGGACCGUGUGCGUAAAAUGAAGAGCGCUAUGACUCGGUUGAUAAGUCGGGUUCAAAAGGUAAGGGAUGAACUGGAACAACUUCUGGACGAUGAUGAUGACAUGGCGGAUCUGUAUCUCUCGAGAAAAUCCGCCAUGUCAGCUUCCAUCUCGAGUGGUUACAGACGUGAC